AGGGAAGGGGAAAUGAAAUUACAGAAAAAGGCCUCUCUUUGCUAGGGUACCAUCUGUGCAACUAUAGCCUGACCAAAAAUGUGUUUAAAGUGGUUGCCUACCAAAAGUCCUAUGAGAAAAGCACUUCCUGUGGAGGGUGGAUACCAUGGAUGGUGUGUCCCCGGACAUACUAUAAAACACAGUACCAUACUGUUGAAGUCCCUGAAACCAUCACUGUUACAGAUUGCUGCGAAGGAUAUGAACAAGUUGGACUCUACUGCUCUUUAGCACUCAAUAGAUCCAGUAUAUUUGCCUCAAGACCUGGUAUUUGUCCAAUGGAGAAUAUGGAAACAUCUGAUUAUCCUUGCACGUUCGAUACUGAAUGUCCAGAGCUUAAAAAAUGCUGCAACUCAUCCAAAGGAUCAGUCUGUGUGGAUCCAAUGCCAGAGGGAAGAACGUUCUGGUACAACGUGACAGUGCUUGUGAAAAUGGAUUUUAAUGAAUUAAUCAGAGUGGAUUCCCACUUUCUGAAUCAUUCACGCCUUUUGCACUCCAUGAUUACUGGUGCAUUACAGCCCUUGAAUGCCUCUGUGCACCAUAUCCAGAGUAAUGGUGCAGAAGUAUAUUCUGGGACAGUGGCCUCUCAGGUUCUUGUUGGACUGCAUCAGCCAGCUCCGCUAGUGGAGGUUUCUUCGUCCCUGAAGGACAUUGUGAAACGCGUGUAUGAAGUGAUUGACACAGAAGUGCAAGAUGUCAACGAAUGUUCCUAUGCUGAAUUCAAUGCUUGUCCAGAGAAAAUCACCUGUGUAAAUUUAGAGGGUUAUUACAGCUGCGAUCCUCAGCACGAACACGCAGAUAUCAUCCCUCACCUGCCGAGUCAAAAAAAGGAAGGCAUGGCAGCAUCUACUCCAAGUUCAGCAUUAGAUCCUGUUAACACUAGCAAUAGCUCUCCAUCUAUAAGUAAUUCAAGUCUCUUGACCAUAACUAAAGACACCGGGUGCUAUCCCUCUGCAGUUAGAAACCACCAAAUCUUCAGCGUUACCAGCAACAGUUUUGAAAUGUCCUGGCAUGUCACUUCUACUCUGAACCAUACUUUCCAAGUGCAAGUGUUCAAGGGCAAAGAGAUUGUACAAAACCUGAAGACAAAGGAAAUGAAAAUGGACGUGUCGCAGCUGGAAGCAGGGGUGAUGUAUUCAGUAGAGAUCAGGUAUGAAACCUGUGGAAAAACCAGCAUCUCCCGCCAAAAUGUAAAAACAGAGGCCAAGGUAUUUGGUGUUACUAUGAGGAUUCUCAACUACAAUUUCACUGAUGAUUUCCAUAAUGUCAGCAGUUCAGCAUAUGAAGAAUUUUCAAGACUGUUGCUUGAACAGCUUGAAAAUUCAUUUCCACCCAACAUUUCUGCUUUAUACAAAUCUGGGAAGCUGAAAGUGCAGACUGAAUCCCUGCAAGCUGGAAGCAUCAUUGUGAGGCUCAGAAUCACUGUACAGGAUCCUGAGUUCCCAGUCGAUGCCUCCACAUUUGCCCCAGUGCUUUCUUACAUGCACAAUGGCUCUGUGCUUUUGGUGGAUCAGCAAAACACUGCAGUAGAAGACUGGGAUGAAUGUGCUUCUUACACCGAGAAUGACUGCUCUGUGUUUGCAGAGUGUAUCAAUUUGAUGGGGUCAUACCUGUGCAGAUGCAAGACAACCAUGGAUACUAAUCCAUCCCGACCUGGAAGAAACUGUGAGGGUGCGAUUGUGGAGCCUCUCACUGAAGCAGUGGCUCCUGAAAUAACGAACAGCACAGAGUUUGCUCCUGAAGUAGUAAGCCCUGCAGGGCCUGCUUCCCCUGCCACCAUCGAGACGCUGCCUGCUGUAGGCUCUGAGGUGAGCGCUGCCGCACACCUCUCUGAGGCACUGCCCCUGGGUGACAAGCAAGUGCCCCACAGUCAAUCCCCCACCAGCGCUCCUCUGACCCUUUGGGAAAAAGGCCUGGCAACACAGAUGGGCUUCGGCAGGGACAACAGCACCAUGGCCACAGGGGUUGCAGCCAGCGAGGAACUGGCCAUGAGCUCAGAGUGGCAUGCGGCCAUAAAUCCAUCACAGCAAAGCUCCGUGGCAGAGACUUCCCCUGGUGCAUCGCAGCGAGCAGCUGCUCUCACAAAUGCUCCCAUGGGCACAGCCAGGCAAGAGCAACUGACUUUGCUGGUGCUGGUGUUUCCAAAUCAAACAGCCUCUGCUACCACCAGAAGUCACACAGCUUUUGGUGUGCCUCAAGCCAACUCUCAAGGUGGCCCCGGUACAACUCUGCCAGCCACAGGGGAUGCUAGUGUUUUCUCACACCUCAACACCCUCAACACCACUCUCAGCGCACAUGUAGAGAUGGGAGGAGAGAACAGCUCUUGGUCUGAGAAAUACACUGGAGACCUGGGGUCAUCUGGUCUGCCAGGUGCUUCUCCAGCCACCGGCCUGAUGCCUGUCCCCACCAUGGACCGCACUGUCCAGAAACUUAGUGGCACAGUACGGAUAACAAGUGUGAAAUACUCUCCCAGCUUUAGCAAUACAAGCAGCGAGGAAUACCAAACCUUUGCACAGAUAUUUGUUGAUGAAGUACAUAAAUCUCUGCCCCUUGAGGUUCUUCAGCAGAUGGAUGCUGGUCUGAUUAAAGUGUUGAUAACGGGUAUUACUAAUGGGAGCACAGUGGUAAGUUUCAAUUUACUGAUUGCAGAAGACGUGGAUAUCUACUACAUCAUCACCACUUUUCGUGAUGCCUUUGAACACAGCUCCUAUUUCACAGUUGAAAAGAGCAGUCUCUCCAUAAAUGCAUUACCUAUCAGCCAGGAGGCAACAGUGAUGGAGAAGAAAUCCGUACACAACACAGUUCUACCUGCAACAUCUUUGCAAACUUCAGCUCAUGUUUCUUCCCCUGCUUCACUGGACUUAUUUACUACUGCGCACAAAGCUUUGGAGGACACCACAUUCUCCAGCAUGGUGCUGCCUCCUCUCACCAUAGAUCCUGUGUCAAUUCCCGACGUUUCUCCUCAAGCAUCUUCUGUACCCCUCAUUAAACCUGUGCAGGAGGUUUCCAUUAAAGAUGCAGUGAGAGUGUUUUGUGAAAUCGAGAAGAUUGUCCUUUCCAUCCAGAAAAGUUUUUUACAGCAGGAGUCUAUCCCGGAAACCUCCCUGUACCUGGGGGAGCCUCGCUGCAAUGUGAGCAUCAGCAAUGGCACUCACGUGGAGCUGCAGGCAGGCUGGAGCGACUGUGGCACUGAAGUUGAGACUAACAUGACUAAUACUGUAGUGAAAACCAUCCUUCGGAAUGAUGUUUCUGCUCAGGGAGUAAUCCACCACUUAAAAGUUGCCAGUCCCAUUCACUGUGUGUUUCAAAAUGAUCUCUUGACUUCCUCUGGCUACAUUGCAGAAGGACUCUACACCAUCUUUGAGGAUUUGCAUGAAUCUGGACACUUCAGAACAGAAAUGCAGCUGUUUAUUGGAAACUCCCCAUUGCCAAAAAAUUUCAGCGUCUCUGCCAGUGACAAUGUGCUGAUUGAAGUGGGGAUCCAGAGAGCAGACAGCAAGCUCAAGGUGGUCCUCACUGACUGCUGGGCAACUCCAACUAAUAAUUCAGUGGAUCCCCUCUCAUUUGUUUUUAUCAGCAACAGCUGUCCCAUCCCAAAUACAUAUACCACAGUGCUAGAGAAUGGGAAUUCAAGCAAAGCACAGUUUAAGAUGAAAAUUUUUUCCUUUGUCAACAAUUCUGUGGUCUACUUACACUGCAAAAUUCGUAUUUGUAUGGAGAAACCAGGAAGCACCUGCAGGACGAGAUGCCAUGCAGUUCGAUCCCUGAAGAGUGGUGAAACCAUCGCAAUGCACAGAACGUCCUGGGGACCCCUCUGUAAAUCAGCUGCAUCUGAUUUGAAGAGAGAGAAGGAGGCUGGGAUGGGAAUUGGAUACAUCAUCCUCAUUGCCUUUGCCGUGUUUGGUUUUGUGCUGGGAGUUUUGAGCCUUCUCAUUUUCCAGUACCAGCGAAAGACGGGAAGAUACAACUUCAGAAUCAAGUCUGACAACUUCAGCUACCAAGUGUUCUAUGACUAGCAAUUUCCAGGUUACCAGAUUUGGAUCAUAUCUCAUCAGAUGGAGAACUGAAGCUUGUCUUCACUCAGCAUUUGGCUUCGUUACUCUUCACAGUGGUGGUCAUGUUGCAAUACUGACUUGUCCGAAUUAAUGCCGCAUAUAAAAGGCUUCUAUCCCCCCUCUUAUUUUUUUUUUUUUUAGCAAUCUCACUCUUCCUGGUGUCCUGAGAACUAUUUGCAACUGCAGCUCCAGGUUGAAGUAAAUUUUGGCAUUUUUUUCCAUAAAUAGAAGGGAAAGAAGGAAGACUUCAUAGUUCUCUAUUCCAGUUCCAAGAUUUGGCUCUCUCACUGUGACAUGUUGAUAUGUGGCCAUCUUAGCAUCACCUGUGCCAUUAUUGACAAGCUGCACGUUUCUAUAAAUAUUCCAGGAAAUAGAUCAGCAAACCCUUAGAGAGGUUUCCUUUUCAGUUUGUAAUUCACUAUUUACUUAAGGUGAGGUUGAAACUUUGAGCUGCAGCAACGUUCAAGACCUAAUUGUGCAACGCCUUAAGUAUACAGAAGUUGGAGAACAAGUAUUGGAUUUGCCACCGAAUAAAGAAAAGGCACCAUGAAUCUGGGGCUUAACCUACUCAGAGUGUUCUUCAGCAUGAGUUUUGAGGUUUGAUUGUAAAUUCUUUAAUUGACAAGGACUCAGUGAAAAAAAAAGAAAAAA